AUGUCACAGGGUCAACAAGUUGCCAAGCACUACGUUGCAUUAGCUCUUAAUCUUGUCCCGCACCGUGAAAGGCGGUUUCUCAGAGAGACGUACUCGCAUUUGACUCCCCUCCAACAAGUUCAAACUACUGACCAACAGGUACCUGGACUCUCGAAGAAGCGUCUCGAGAUCCUGGUCCUCUUCCAAUCGCGGUGGAUUGGCUAA